AUGAGAAACAGACUCAGGACAGAGGAGGAGUGAUGAGCAGGGUGGAUGUUUAAAGCUGCAGUAAAACAGAAACAGACAGGAAACUGUGAGAAUCCAAAAGAAUCUGCACAGAAACUACACAAAACCAAAAGUGGAGACACUGGCGAACAAGAGAGAAAAACUUUUCCAGGGGCAGUUCGUAGAAUCAGGAUUGCUCAGAAGUUGAAGAAAGACCUAGUAGAAUAAAAUGCUGUCUAGAGUUAUUUUAGCUGUAUUUCUGGGCGUCUGGAUCAGUUCUCAUUCCUUCACCUUGGCCGAGGACCAGUACAUGACCAGAGCUCUGAGGCUGAUGUCUGAGACGCCACUCAUCGAUGGUCACAACGACCUGCCUUGGCAAAUUCUAAAGCAAUUCAACAAUGAGCUGAAUAAAGUGGAUCUUAACACCCUCGGAACAACACACACCAACAUCCCUAAGAUCAAAGCGGGGCGGCUGGGAGCACAGUUCUGGUCCGCCUAUGUUCCCUGUGAGACUCAGUACAAAGAUGCAGUCAGACAAACACUGGAGCAGAUCGAUGUGGUUCACAGGAUGUGCCAAAAAUAUCCAGAAACCUUCAUGUUUGCCACCAGUAGCCAAGACAUCAUGGACGCCUUCAGCAUGAACAAGACAGCCAGUCUGAUCGGAGUGGAGGGGGGUCAUUCCAUAGACAGCAGCCUGGGCACCCUGCGCAUCAUGUACCAGCUGGGAGUCCGCUACCUCACUCUCACACACUCCUGCAACACACCGUGGGCGGAUAACUGGCGUGUUGACACUGGAUCAGAGCCAUCUCAACACAACGGCCUGUCACCAUUUGGCAAGCAACUAAUAGUGGAAAUGAACCGCCUGGGGAUGCUGAUUGACCUGGCUCAUGUGACUGUAAAAGUCAUGAACCAGGUGCUGGACAUGUCAAAAGCUCCCGUCAUCUUCAGCCACUCCUCUGCCUACAGCAUCUGUCCACAUAAAAGGAACGUCCCAGAUGAAGUUCUCAAGAGAGUCAACAAAACGGGGGGGAUCGUCAUGGUGAACUUCUACAACGAUUACGUGACCUGCAGCAAGACAGCAAAGGUCUCGGACGUUGCUGAUCACUUUGACCAUAUAAAGAAAGUGGCCGGGGCGGGUAUCAUCGGUUUUGGUGGAGAUUAUGAUGGAGUGACCAGGCUACCAGAGGGCUUGGAGGAUGUGUCCAAGGUGCCCAAUCUGGUGGCUGAACUGCUGAGACGAGGAUGGACUGAUGAGGAGGUCAAAGCUGCUCUGGGAAACAACCUGCUCCGUGUCCUGACAGAGGUUGAAGAGGUCCGUGACAGACUGAAUGGCACGAGUCCAGAUGAUGUUCCUAUUCCAUAUGAGGAGGUGAAGAACUCGUGUCGGACGAGCUACGGGUACCCGAGCGCUGGAGCCGUCCACUCACCGAGCACUCUGGCCCUGCUGCUCACGCUGGCUUUCCAGGCUCUCGUCACAUUAACGGCUUCAUAAGCUGAAUAUCAGUGCAGCUGAUUGUAUGUAUGACAACAGUCCAUGAGCAGUUCUAAAAUCAGUUUUGAAUGUCAAGUUUUUUUUUUAAACCACGUCCUCUCUGUGCUGACAGAAACACUCCAAUGCUACAGUUUAUAAAUUGUGUUUAUCAGCUCGUUUCUUGUCCGAUGGACAGGUUUUCUUAAGUAACUUACAACAGUGUCACAGUUUUCACGAUAACAGGAAUGGUGAAACAGAAAAGAUCACAUCGGGCCGAGUUAAGCUCAUCUGGGUGCUCACGAAAGUCUCUGAAGGACUGAGUGAUGACCAGGACAUAAAGACAAAGAGUCACACAGAGUCUUAUCUGAAUGAAGAAAAACAGUCCUUGACACCACUUAAGUCCAGCAUGUUCACAUUUUUGAGAGAAGUCUUCCCUCUAGUGUUCUGAGGCGUUAAUGCAUCUGAGAGAUGGGACAUUGUUGUAGCUGUUAAACUCCAAAUUGGUUGAUUUUGAUCGUUUUUAAUUUCAUUUUCGGAUAAGUCGCUCCACUUUGGGGAAGGAAUUGUUGACUGGAUUUAGAUCUGUGAACUGAUAGUAAAGAUACAAGUAAGUUGUCAUAUAUUUUUUUCACUUUAGACAAAUGGAAACAUAACAGGUGUUUUUUUUUUAAAGUAUAAAAUUAUUUUCUAACUGUCUGAAUUUCAAUUUAUACAAAAGUUUUUUUUGCUCAAUGAAGUUAAAAUGAUAAAUUCUAUUAAACAGAAACAUCUCCUGA